GCUGUAUGUCGAAAACAAGUAUGCGUUGCUGCCCCCUAUUGGACAAGUAGACUUAUGCACGCCAGUCAAUGUGUUGUUCCUAAUUUGACCUCCAGGUAGCAUCAGUGCACAUUCACAACUUUGAAACAAAUUUCAUUUCGUUCAACUGUAUUUGUCAUUGUAGUUUGCACUUUGCAAUCGUCUUUAACCGUUUAAGAUGGGCAAGAGCUACUUUUGCUGAGAAAGAUGCAGCCACUGCACUGGUGAACUGUCAUGUGACUAAUCAGAUGAGGACAUCCUAAUCCAAUUUGGAGAGGAGCAGCCUACUAAACCUGAAGACAGGUCAAGGUAUUUUGCGUGGAAGUCUCACCUAGGAAAGAGUCAAUAAAAGAGUGCUCCAUCAUGUCAAUUCUCAAAAUUCAUGCCCGAGAGAUCUUUGACUCCCGUGGGAACCCCACAGUGGAGGUUGACCUUUACACUGCAAAAGGUUUGUUCAGGGCAGCUGUACCAAGCGGUGCAUCAACGGGAAUCUAUGAAGCGUUGGAGCUGCGGGAUAACGACAAGUCACGCUACCUUGGCAAAGGCGUCUCAAAGGCAGUCGAGAAUAUAAAUUCAUCUAUUGCACCUGCACUUGUUGACCAAGAUGUAUCUGUUGUCGAGCAAGACAAAAUUGACCAGAUGAUGAUCGACCUGGAUGGCACAGAGAACAAAUCUAACUUCGGUGCCAACGCCAUUCUGGGUGUGUCACUGGCCGUUUGCAAAGCAGGCGCCGCAGAGAAAGGAGUCCCUCUAUAUCGUCACAUAGCUGACCUUGCAGGAAACCCCAAAGUCAUCUUGCCUGUACCGGCCUUCAAUGUGAUCAACGGCGGCUCCCAUGCAGGCAACAAGCUUGCCAUGCAGGAAUUCAUGAUCCUUCCGGUUGGCGCCAGCACCUUCAGGGACGCCAUGCGCAUCGGAGCCGAGGUUUACCACAAUCUCAAAAAUGUCAUCAAGAAGAAGUACGGGCAGGAUGCCACCAAUGUAGGCGACGAAGGCGGCUUUGCUCCAAAUAUUUUGGAGAACCAGGAAGCACUGGAGUUGAUAAAGGAAGCUAUUGCCAAAGCGGGAUACACCGACGAGGUUGUGAUUGGCAUGGACGUGGCAGCCUCUGAAUUCUACCGGGAGGGAAAAUACGAUCUCGACUUCAAGUCUCCUGACGAUCCCUCGCGCUACAUAGCUCCCAAAGAGCUCGCUGACCUCUACAAGAGCUUUGUGAAGGAUUAUCCAGUGGUGUCCAUCGAGGACCCAUUUGACCAAGACGACUGGGCCGCGUGGAGCGACUUCACGGCCGGCACCGACAUCCAGGUUGUCGGAGACGAUCUCACCGUGACCAACCCGACUCGCAUUUGCAAGGCUGUGGAGGAGAAGGCCUGCAACUGUCUGCUGCUUAAAGUCAACCAGAUCGGCACCGUAACAGAAUCCAUGCAAGCGUGCAAGAUGGCCCAGGAGAGCGGCUGGGGAGUGAUGGUAAGCCAUCGCUCUGGAGAGACGGAGGACACCUUCAUCGCGGAUUUGGUGGUCGGCCUGUGCACUGGGCAGAUCAAGACUGGGGCACCUUGUCGCUCUGAGCGUUUGGCCAAAUAUAAUCAGAUUCUCAGAAUUGAAGAGGAGCUGGGAGAUGAAGCUUGUUUUGCAGGGAAAAACUUCAGACAGCCAUUGCCACAGUAAAUUUACACCCUCAAAAACAGGAUAUCCAGAAAUCAUGACAAGCAAAGCUGAAGCACUGAAAUUCUUUAUUUUUAAUCUAAAGUAAAAUUAACAUUAAGAUUUAUUCAGAGCUACAAUUAACUAGUUAUGAGAACAUGUGCUCUCUGAGAUCUAGUCAAUAAAAAACUCAAUGAGAAGAUGGUGUGUUUCUAAACUGUUGUGAUCACUUGAAUGAUAAUGUGUCACAUUGUGCUACAUUAAUAAAAUAUCUCAACGUGAAAA